CAACUUUUCAUACCAGCUUGAAUGGCAAAUUGGAGAAGAGGAAGAUUCAACACAACGUGUUGCCGCAAAAAUAUUGUUUUAUAAACAUUUAAAUUUAACAAAUUAAAGCGGAUUUAAGAGGCCACAAAAUGAAGCUCAGCACUUAUAACUUCCUAACCUCCAUGGCCAUCAAAGGUGUUAAAGUGGGAUUCCCCUUGAAGCUAACGAUAAAUAAAAAGGAAGAGGUGGAAAGUGAGUUUAAUCCGACAUUCAUAGAGCGAUUGCUGCCCAAGCUGGACUGGGCGGCUAUUUAUGGAGCUGCACAGGUGGCGGAACUUGCGGAUGACAUCCCACCUACACAACCGGAGAACAUUGGUGAGAACGAGCUACUCCUCCAGAAGCUGCACCACCUACUCUUUGAAAUCGAUGUGCUGGAAGGUCAGCUGGAGUGCCCAGAAACUGGCAGGAUAUUCCCCAUUACCGAUGGCAUCCCAAAUAUGCUUCUCAACGAGGACGAAGUGUAGACCAGAGAGCCGCUAAUUUAGACUGGGUUUUUUGUACUAUGGUUCCCCUUAGUAUAGUCAGACCCGCGCUUUAGGGGGGAGAUGCGAUUAGGACGUAAAAAUAUUAAUAAUUUUAAAUAUUUUGAAUAUACCCCUAUUGUAUUUCCCCCAAUAACUAAUUAAGUUUGAUAGUUUUUAAAGUCUGUUUAUUUACGAGUUAUUAAAAAAUAAUUGGAGCUUGGA